AUGAGACCGAUUGGCAUACUCCUGAUCCUCUUUUUCAUUGCUGUUGAAAAAGGCCAAGCCAUUCAACUGUGUCCAUCAUCAUCAGAGAAUCCACGCUGUUUGGAUGAAACUCGAUUGAAUUGUAAUGAUUCAUUGCUUGCUCCAACCGAUUUUCACUGUUGCGAUGGUCUUACAUGCGUUCCUAUAACAAUACCCGCCACCGACACACAAGAACGAUAUGAGACGACAAUGUGUGUCGCCUCUUCCUCGAACAGACGUCGUAUUCGAUCGAACGUUGCACCAGCCAAAACUCCACCUGUGAUGGCUUCUGCUUGGUCAGCCGCUACGACCUAUUACAAUAUGUCUAAUGGUGAUACGGGCUGGGGACACUUUUGGUUUGAUGAAUCGCAUAGAGCAAUUCGAACCGACUUUUAUCCAACAUGCCCAUUUUUACAACUGUAUGCAGCCGGUAUUGAUGCCAAUUAUGUUCCAUGCACUGUACUCUUCUACGAAGGACAAAAUUAUUUUGUGUAUCCGUCAGCACAUGUUUGCUGCAACUAUACAUUUCCUGCAUGGCAUCCUGAAUGGUUAUGUCAAAGCAACGCCACGUACAAUGGAAGUGUUCUUGUUAAUGGUCAAAUGACCGAUUUUUGGAUGGUCGAAUGGUUUUCCAAUUUUACUGGUGUAGAACCGAUACGAAAUCUCCGCAAUAUGUACACUGUAGCGGAUUCACAUAUUCCUGUACGUUUUCGAGAAGAUCUGGAUACGGGUUACCUUGAUUUUCACGAUUAUGUUGAAGGUCCUAUUGAUCCGACUAUAUUUACUUCAAUGAUUGACGCCUAUGGUCCAUGCCAUUCAGGCCAUGGUAGUGCUGGAAGCACUGAUCGGACAUGCACUCAUUACACAGCACAAACGCUACGUCGCUCAUGGCCAUGCGACAAUCCAACAUGUUCCUGA